CUUUAUAGAUGCUAACAGCAUCGCUGGCAGACACAAUUCAACAGCAAUUGUGACAUUGAUGUUAGACUCGGCAAGAGCGACACACAGAUACAGAAGAGAAGACAGAAGCAAAGAUGGAGCUAGCAAGUUCAGCAAUAGUGCUGAUAGUAAUAGCAAUCAAUGUUAAGGAUGUUACUCCUGCGAGUGAAACCUGUAGAAAAGUAGACAUAGAUAGUUCUACUACCAGCAUUACAAAUGACCUAUCCAACUUCAAAACCGAGAUCACUUCACAUUUGGACGAGAUCAGACAGGAAAUUGCAGAAAUUCAAAGUACAUGUGCGAAUGAUAAAGAGAUGCCCAAAGACUGCACUGACGUGCCAGAAUACACAGGUGUAAAAGAAAUUCAGACAGCUGAUGGAAGAAAAUUUGAUGCUUAUUGCAAAAGAGGAUGGCUAUAUCUCUCCAGGCGUUUUGAUGGGAGUGUAGACUUUUAUAAAACAUAUGCAGAAUAUCAAUCAGGUUUUGGUGAUCGUAAUGGCGAAUAUUUUCUUGGACUUGAUAAUUUGGUGAGUGUUCUGAAACAAGGGAGAUACACUCUACAUGUUGAUUUAAAGAUGUGGCCACCAGCUAACACUGAAGCCUAUGCCCAGUAUUCGACAUUCCACGUUGGAGAUGCUACUGAUGGCUAUCGGCUGCGUAUUGGGGGCUACACAGGUACUGCAGGGGAUUCUUUAGGUAAUCCCGACUUCCAUCAAAAUAUGAAAUUCAGCACAAAAGACAAUGACCAAGAUACCUGGCAUCGAAGCUGUGCGAAAGUGUAUAGAGGAGCUGGUUGGUAUGGAGCAUGUCACGUUGCUAAUCUGUUUGGUAAAUACAACCAAGGGUCUGAGUGUCCAAAAUUUGCAGCGUGCAUGUCAUGGUUUCAAUGGCCGGACACCAUAUCGAACAAAGGGAAUCAUUACUAUUCCUUCAAAGAAGCAGAUAUGAAACUUAAAAGACAAUAGAUUAUUUAAUUAACUUUUGCGAAAAAACUUAUCAUAUAAUAUAAAACCAGAUGCAUAGCAAUUUACAUUAAUUCAUUUCAAAUUAUAUUUGGAGAAUUAUACUGUCAAGUGACAACAUGAAUAAAUAUUUGAAAUUUUAAUCCUACUAGAUAUUUGCUGUACCUUAAUAUCAUUGUUUCAGA